CACCGCUGCGCAGCUGCAGAUGGAAUGUAGCUCCCUAGCCUCGAAUGCUAGCCGCAACAUCGCAGUAAAGUUUGAUAAACAGGUCAUGAGCGGCUCGAACCCGCCGCCAGCCCCGCACUGACAACACAUGCGUAAGGUCGACCGUGGCGAAAGUGCGUUGAGCACAAUCUUCUGGUUGGGAAUCCAUAUGCUUGUACACUUUCUUCCUGUUGCUUUAGCUCAACUGCUCAGCGAUGAACAUUGAUGACAAACUGGAGGGGAUGCUCAUGAAAUGCGGCCCUGUGGGGCUUCACCACCCUACUAGAGGCCUGGGGCCCUCAAGGGUGGAUGGAAGAGGUAGGAGAGGCAGUUUGGAUAUGACUCUUGGGGAACGAAGCUUGGCCAAUCAUCCCCUUUUGGCAGAGGAUGAUGACGACGAUGAUGAAGACGACGACGACCUGGCAGGUGCAGGGCUGACCUCACAUGAUCUGAUGUCGCAGAAUGAUCUGAUGGUUCAUGAGGACGCCGCGGAAAACGAUGGACAGGAUGGACCAGCUUUCUCACAGCGAAUCUCCAAUAAACUACACUAUACGCUCAGUAUGCCAGUUAACAUAAAGCAAGAAAUAAAAAUGCCAGAUUCACUGGUUCCGAAUAAGAAGGAGAAGAAACACGGAAAGGACCCAACUGACGGUCACAAAAAGAAAAGAAAGCAGCAUUCUCCUGCGAAGGUUUAUCAUCAUACAUCAGAGAUUAAUAUUCUGACUAUAAAUGAAGACGGCUCGCUUAGCCACCAGAAUCCGAAAUCCCAUGUUUGUGAGCACUGUAAUGCUGCAUUUCGGACUAACUACCAUUUACAAAGACACGUUUUUAUUCACACGGGUGAAAAGCCGUUCCAGUGCAAUCAGUGUGACAUGCGUUUUAUUCAGAAGUACCUGCUUCAGAGACACGAGAAAAUCCACACAGGAGAAAAGCCUUUUCGCUGUGAUGAGUGUGGAAUGAAAUUUAUCCAGAAAUAUCACAUGGAGCGACACAAGAGGACACACAGCGGAGAGAAGCCCUACCAGUGUGACUAUUGCCAUCAGUAUUUCUCCAGAACUGACAGAGUACUGAAGCACAGACGUAUGUGCCAUGAGAACAAGGACAGAAAGGCGCAAAAAGCUGCUGGCAAAGAAGUACCUCUUCACAGCCCGGAGAGUUUAGACUUCACUUUUCCUGUCAAAGAAUGCACCCUUCCCAAGAAGAAACGCCAGAAAACCUCUGACAAAAAUCAAGUCACGCUCGCAACUUCUGCUGUCCCAGGAAAAACAGAAGAAGAAGAUGCUCCCGAGGAGAAAAUGGAAGACACGCUUAUUAAAACCGAGUGCCUUCCUCUUUACGCAAUAGCCACCAAAGUAAAGGAUGAGUACGUUGUGGCGGAUUAUUCUGUUGGGCUGUCUGAUUCCCCACCUGGUACCAGGCAUCUUGCGGAAGAGGAGUCUAUUGAUGAGAGCAUCAGUCCGCCAAAACUAGUGCUGAAAAAAAUUGCCAGAGGAAGGGGUAUAAAACAGCAACCUCUAGAACCGUCCCAAAGUCUCUCCCCAUUGUCCUCAUUCGAGGAGAGCAAAGUAACAAGAUACACAUUUGAGAUCGUGGAUAAUAAAGGCCUCUUGGAGGUCGAGACCAAUGCUGACAUGGAUUCGGUCGAUGCCUUACAAGCAGGACAAGCAAAACCGACCGGAAGCAGCACAAACUACGACGAUGCCAUGCAGUUUCUUAAGAAGAAGCGUUACCUUCAGGCGGCUACGGUGAAUGCUAGUCGUGACUACGCGUUGAACGUAAGCAGCAUUGUAUCGCAACCCUCCGUCACUCAGGUGUCUGUAGCAAGCGUCAUUGAUGAGACCGUUCCCGUCACGAUUCUCUCCGAGACUCAAACUCUGAACGUGGAGAUCAAAUCAAGCAACGAGAAGAAUGUUCUUCCAGAUGAGGUUCUGCAGACGCUUCUCGAUCACUACUCGAAUAAGGCCAACGGGCAAGCCGAAAUUACCUUCAGUGUGGCGGACGCAGAGGUGACAUCCAGCAUCUCUAUCAACUCUUCCGAUGAGAGCAGCCCAGCAGAGUCUUUAGGGACAGGUUCACAAGCGCCCCCGACAGAAAAGGCCAGCCUUUUGCAGGAGUACUCCAAAUUUCUGCAGCAAGCACUAGAAAGGACCAGUCAGAAUGACACGUACCUAAACAACCAGAGUCUUACGUUUGUAAACGACAGUAGCAGUCUCGCUGGCCAGCCUUUGUUUUCCACCGAGAAGCAGUUCGCAUCCCCAUCCAGGUUUAGGCCGAGCAUGAACUCUCCCUUGAGAUCUACCUUGGACAAACCCAACUUUAGCCUUUUAGUAGAUUCCCAACACUCCUUCUCUUUUUCGGGUGACGAGACUAACCCUUCCUCAGUUUCGCCAACAGACGACUUUCUCGACCAGGUGACGCCUCCUAAAAAGACUGACGCACAGACAUUUCAAAUGGCCGCUUUUGAGCAGAACUUUCGAUCUCAGUUCACAAGCUCACGAUCUGGAAUAUCUCCACAGUUCAGCAUUGCCAGCGGACAAGUUAACCUGAGAGGAGGAACAGAUUUCCCAGAGUUCUCUCUGGUCAGUGAAACAAGAACUCAACUAACCUCAUCUCCAGAUGCUUCAAGCAGCCAAACCUUUGGAUGAACAUAAGCUUUUAAUGAUUCAAAGCAUUUAAAAGGCACUUUAUAUUCAAGGUCUUUGAAUUCAAUCAGUGAAGGCAAUGUGGUUUAUGUGCAGAGUUUUCAUCUCCAUCAAUCAAGCAAAUCAUGCGUGGGAAUCAAAGCAAAGUGGUACAUCACAUAAGAUUUUAUUUUCAGCACUUCUGAAGAAGACUAUGGGAUGUUUUUUUUGUGUCGUCGCCUUGUUUGUGUAAUGCCCAUAUAAUGGUCAAGAUGAGUGAAAGAUGGCAUGGCAAAUUAGUUAAUGUAUUAGUUGCAGUCCAUGUGUUUUCUUAAUAAUUGAAUCACAGACAUUUUGGCCAAACUGCUAACUGUUAUAGUAGUUAAAAUCGGCUGCAAAUGGCUUUCCCCAACAAAAUCCAUACAAAGACCAAGUUCCUUUUGCUCUUGCAAAUGUCUUUAGUCCUUUUUGUUGAAAUUCAUUAACAAUUCAUUGAGGCUGACUUGGCAUUAUAAUAUUUAUUUAGCAUAUCUGCCCACAUGUAAGGCACUUACUUGGCACUUCAGUUGAAAGUGUCCACUCAGUGACAAGCAACAAUUUUCUUACCCAUAUGGGUAUUUAUUAUUUUUGUGCAUUAUUUUUAUUUACUUAUAAUAAUUUGCUUGCAUUUUGUGCUCCCGUAUCAUAAUGAAUAUCUUCAAGAUAAAGUCUAUUUUGUGUCUCUACUGAAUUCAUACUGACCUUACCCGUAAUUUUAUAAGGAAAUCAUGUGAUCCUGAAAUAUUUUUGCACAAUACUUGGAAGGUUCUCAAGAAAAGAUACAUUUGUGAUAAUCAGUACCAUUUAAAUUAGUCUUUGCCUCGCACAUAGGCCUUGGUUAUCUAUAGAAGGCGUCUGUAAUUGGUCCAUGCAUUAUGCAUUUAAAGAUGCAGUUUCAGUAACAUUUCAGAGAAACGGUGCAAACGAAUAUGCAGUACACUCCUAAAAAUAAAGGUGUUUCAUAGAGCCAGGUUCUUUAGAUGCAAGAACAAAAUAGUUCAUUAAAGAGCCUUAAUGGUUCUUUGAGGAACCAAAAAUGUUCUUUUUAUGGCAUUAAGCUGAGGAACCUUUUAGGCACCUUUAUUUUUAAAAGAUGUGUACUUACAACAUUGAGCCUUAUACUUACACUAUGUAAGCAUUUAAAAAAGAAUUUUAUCACUUUGUUUUUCUGAAGAGAUGCGCUUUCAUUUGUUUAGCAUGAUUUUUGUCAAACAUUACCCAUUAAACAGCACUUUGUGCUCAUGGGCUUUUUGCUGUUAUCCUAAAGCACUUUUGUUUAAAUUCCCCUAAUCUAGACAUAUAAUGCACACCUAUAAAAAUAUAAGUUUAAAUAUAAGAACUAUGUCACAACAUGGUAACUUGUGUUUAGUAAAAUCAAGGACGAUGAUUUAAGAAUGAAUGUCUGGGAUCAUGUUUUUAAGUGUUUCUUUUGUUUUCCUAUACAUGUCUGUCUGUGCAUUAUAUUCACAUGCUGUUUCCUAUCGACUUAAAAUAGCUGAAAAAGUACCGUUUAAUGUUUAGUAAAGUUAUAUGAGUAUAUAUAUACAAAUAGCAUUUGUUUAUUGCACAUCUCUUUUUCCUUAGCGUAAUAACUAAUCAUGUAACAUAAAAGCUUUUUUUCUCAGAUCAUGGAAAUUUGUCUGCUAUUACCCUUACUAUAUCUUGAUUAAUCUUAGUUUUAUUCAAAAUAUAUAAAGUACCAUGCCAAGCUGUACACUCUUUGUCAUUUAUGAAACACAAGCAGGAUACAUUUCAAUGUAAAUUCUUAAUAAAAACUAUUCUUGCAUAAAUUGUUGAAUAGUUAUAUCAAAAAUGAUACACAACACAUACUGUAUGAUUGUUCUGCUGGUGUUUCUUGAGCAGUCCUGGGUGUAUUUUUGCAUAGUCAGCAUGUUUUGGGUGUUAAAGACAUUACCUAUUAAUGUUUUUACAGUUUUGGGUUUUUAAAUGUGUGCCUAAACAUUCCUUUAUUGUUUUUUCUUUUAACAUGCGUUGUAAAUAGGUUGUAUAUUUUACAUUUAAGCACAUUUUUCUGUGCACAUUUUUUCUUUGAGUGUGGAACACAUAGAGCAACGUGAUUUUGGAAAAUUUGCUACCAUUUUGGUUUACUUAUUGCUAUGAUUCCUGAUCGAACUGUCAUUCAAGAAACCAUAAUUGUGUUCAUGUUUGUAAAAGUACAGAUGUAGUCCUCUCUAUGAAUUGGCCAUAAAUAAAAAAAAUGCAGUCUGAUUUUUAGACAACAUGGUUUUCACACAACCUUAAAGGAUGUGGUUUCAUGACAUUAAUAAUUUCAACGUCUAACCAGUACUGUUAAAGAUGCCUCAGAAUUUGAUUACUUUUUAAGAUAACCUAAGAUAAUGCUUUUUUCUUUAAGUAAAUGAUGUAAUAUUUUUUGUAAGCUUGCUUGCUUGUUGGUUAAAGGUCGUAUCCAUUUAUACACAUCAAUUUUGAUUGAUUUGAUAUUUGACCAUUUGAGAAAGUCCAGUCAUGGUAUUACUAAUGGUGGAUCAUUGUGUAAUGAUGAAGUUUAAAUUGAGUGAAAAACAAAUGGUUUUAUUUAGUCAAAAAGCUCUUCUUAAUAGUUCUGAAUAUAUAAACAAUUUCAACGGAGAGUGCAUGUCCAUUGACUGUCUUUGUACACUGGUUAUAUUUUUGUAUGUAGUGUAUCCAUUUUAUUGUAGCCUCUAUACUUUAUUGCAAUACUUCACCUAGGAAAUGGGGGAGAUGUUUUGACUGGAUGUUUUGGUUGUGUUUGUUGUGUAAUACUGAAUUUCCAAAUACAACAGCAAAGUAG